UGGUCGUGGUGCACGAGGGCACGGACCGUGGUCCCGGCUGUGAGCUGCUGAGGUCGCAGGUGCAGAUUAACUCUGCUGCGAGCCGUGCACGAUGCGGAAGGUGGCUUUGAUCACCGGGGCAAGCAGUGGCAUUGGGCUAGCCCUUUGCAAACGACUGCUGGCAGAAGAUGAUGAGCUCCACCUGUGUUUGGCAUGUAGGAACCUGAGCAAAGCAAGAGCUGCUCGUGGUGCCCUGCUGGCCUCUCACCCCUCCGCCGAAGUCACCAUUGUGCAGAUGGAUGUCAGCAGCCUGCAGUCGGUGGUCCGGGGUGCAAAGGAAGUCAAGCAAAAGUUUCAAAGACUAGACUACUUGUAUCUGAAUGCGGGGAUCAUGCCUAAUCCCCAGCUAAAUAUCAAAGCCUUUAUCUUUAGCAUCUUUUCAAGAAAUGUGGUUCAUGUGUUCUCCACAGCAGAAGGACUGUUGACCCAGAAUGACAAGGUCACUGCUGACGGGUUCCAGGAGGUGUUUGAAACCAAUCUCUUUGGCCACUUUAUCCUGAUUCGGGAAUUGGAACCUCUUCUCUGCCACACAGACAGGCCCUCUCAGCUCAUCUGGACCUCCUCUCGCAAUGCAAAGAAAUCUAACUUCAGUCUUGAGGACAUCCAGCACAUCAAAGGCCAGGAACCCUACAGCUCUUCCAAAUACGCCACCGACCUCCUGAACGUGGCUUUGAACAGGAAUUUCAACCAGAAGGGUCUGUAUUCCAGUGUGGUGUGCCCAGGGGUGGUAAUGACCAACCUGACCUACGGAAUUCUGCCUCCCUUUGUGUGGACACUGCUCCUGCCGCUGAUGUGGCUGAUUCGCUUUUUUACAAACGCUUUCACUUUGACGCCGUACAAUGGAGCCGAAGCACUGGUGUGGCUUUUUCACCAAAAACCGGAGUCUCUCAAUCCUCUGACCAAAUACCUGAGCUUCACCACAGGCUUCGGGACUAAUUAUGUCAAGGGCCAAAAGAUGGACGUAGAUGAAGACACCGCUGAAAAAUUUUAUCAAACCUUACUGGACCUGGAAAAACGUGUUAGGAUCACCACUGAAAAAUCCGAUCACCCCAGCUGAUGGCGACAUUCUCCAGAGCAUCCCAUAUCUUCUGUACAUCCCGGCCGGGCACGUGGCUUUCCAUUGUGCUGGAUGAUAUGCUUUUGUAGUAAACCACAAGCUGUGAUGAUCUCUGCUCCCGUCUUUCAGAAUGAUCUCCAAGACUCCGUGUGUGCAUGUGUGCAGGCGUGUACACACAUGUAGAAAGGAUUGGCAAAGUAGAGGAACCAAGUCAAUCCCCUCCAGGGUAGUAGUGUCCUUUCGGAAUUGCUAGGGGCUCUCUGCAGAGCACCUGCAUCCACUGUUCUACUGGCCACUGGGAGGGCAGUAGAUCAUUCUUGAGUGAUUGGGACACAGGUACAGCCUGAACCUCCUUUCAGUCCCAGCGAGGAGGGGCAAGGCCACUGAGUAGUCAUUCCAGCUCCUUGUCUUUUCUCUGUGAACAUUUUCCUACUCUCUUUAUUCACUUCUCCACGUGCUGCUUCCGGAUAAUCUUAUCAGGUCAUCUCUCUGAGCGGUCCCCACGCGACUGCACACAGUGAAUCUCAGGAACCAAGUGUGAGUGUGUUUGGGCCUCGUGCGUUUAUUUCUUCUCUGUAAAAACAUUCUGUUUUUAUCGGGUAGUGGAGCCAACAGCCUGGUCUUUAUUAGUGUCUGCAGAUGUAUUCAUGAACAGCUUAUCUUCGUGACCAUAUUUCACUGGAACUAAAAGUAUAGCAGAAAAUUAUUUAUUCGUGUUUCAAAAAAGUGUAAAAAAACAAACAAACUGAGAAACUGUUAGGAGGCCUUCAUCUGCUGGCACCUGGAACACAAUGGAAUAGAAGGAAACUGUUCAUUUUUAUGUGUCGGGUGAUGAGUUUUUCAAACCUUUUCUCUAUAAAACUUAAAGAGCCACACCUGAGCAUCCUUUGGUAUGAAUCAACAUGCUAAAGAUGGCUGAAUAUUUUUUUUAAUCAUAAAUAAAGCCAUCCUAUCACUUGGGAUAUAAUAAAGUCAGUAAAAUUUUGAAUAAAAGUCCAAAAGAUGAUACAUAAAUAUAAUUUCCCUACAGCUUGUGCUAUGAAAAUUUUCUGAUUAAAGUUUCCCUCCUUUUGCUGACCAAGAUGUUUUUGUAAAGAUAACAGUCAAGAGUGAGUCAGUCUGCACACCGCACAACUCCCCGCAUCCUUGGGUAACGAGGGUGGAGCUUAGCAUGGGGCUGUCCUUUCUUCAUUCUUUAUCUCCUCAGAACCCCCGUUUGGAAAAGGCUUCUUCUCCCUGGUGAACUCACAUUUCUCAUGUGUAAACGGAAACCCCUUUGCCCUGUUGCUCACGGGUUUGCAGUGAAGAGAGGAUCGACGAUGUGUGUGGACCGUGGACAUCUCUCAUUGGUAGAGAAUGAUGAGGUUCAUUAGAGAUCAGGCACCCAGAAGGCCGAGGUCCAGAUACUGCCAUGUAAGGCACCGGCUGAUCACGGCCCUUUUGACAGGUAGUUGGUUUUGUUCGCUGAGCAUUUCCAGGAGACUGUGGAGCACUGCAGGGUGGAAUGGGGGAGUUAUGGGCUCUAGGUC